AUGGAUGAAAGAAAGAAAAACAUCAGAAUUGUGAUGUUUCCAUGGUUAGCUCGAGGUCAUAUCAGCGCAUUUCUAGAGCUAGCAAAGGCACUUGCAAAGAGAAAUUUCAUAACUUACAUCUAUACAACACAUGCUAAUCUCGCUUACUUCAAAGACACACUCUCUCCCGAAGAAACUAGGCACGUUAAGCUAAUGGAUAUUGUACUCCCAUAUUUGCCUCAUCUUCCUCGUACUUCACACACCACAGCUGGCCUUCACCCCCAUCUCAUCAACACUCUGAAACUGAUCUUCCUUAAGGGAAAACCCGACUUUUUCACCAUUCUUGAAACUCUAAAACCUGAUCUGAUCAUCUAUGAUUUCCUCCUACCAUGUAUUCCGUUAAUGGCUUCUACAUUGCAUUUCCCAGCUGUCCUGUUUCUCACCUCUGGUGCUGCAGCAAACAGUUAUCACUAUCAUGUUAGAGAUAACAAUCCAAGUAUUGAUUACCCUUUUCCUGAAAUCUUCUUCAAGGAUCAUGAACAUAGGAGAAACAAGAGAAUAUUCGAUUCUCUCGAGGAUGAUGGCAUUGACGAGAAAAAUGGUAUCACGAGGUGCUUUGAAAGAUCGAAAGGGAUCAUCUUGAUCAAGACUUUCAAAGAGCUAGAAGGUAAGUUUAUUGAUUACCUCACGUUUUUGUUUAACAAAAGGUUUGUUCCUGUUGGACCUCUCGUUCGAGCAUUUGAUCAAACAGAUAGUGGGGAGUAUAAUGACAAGAUCAUUGAAUGGCUCAAUGAGAAAGAAAAAUGUUCAACAAUUUUUAUUAGUUUUGGGAGUGAACUUUACUUCACCAAAGAGCAAAUUCAAGAAAUGGCACUAGGGUUAGAACUUAGCAUGGUGAAUUUCAUAUGGGUGAUUAGGUUUCCGGGGACUUAUAAAAUGGAGAUUCGAGAAGUUCUACCUGAAGGGUUUUAUGAGAGAAAUUGGAAUACAGGGUUAAUAGUUGAAGAGUGGGCCCCACAAGGGAGAAUUUUGAAGCAUUCGAGUAUUGCCGGAUUCGUGAGUCACUGUGGAUGGAAUUCAGUAAUGGAGGCACUUGGUUGUGGUGUUCCAAUUAUAGCCUUGCCCGUGCAACAUGAGCAACCACUUAACGCGAGGCUAUUGGUUAAUGAGGUAAGGGUAGGAUUGGAAAUUCCUAAAGAUGAAGAAGGAAAGUUUAGCAAAGAAGGAGUGGCUAAGGUUGUAAGAGAAAUGGUGUUUGAGAGAAGGGGAGAGAGUGUGAGGAAAAAAGCAAAGGAGUUUGGUGAAAAAAUGAGAGAAAAUGGAGAAAAUGACAUUGAGAGAGUGGUGGAUGAAUUGGUUGAUCUUUACAAGAAUUCAUUAAGGCCUACCUACAACUAUAAACGACGAUACUAA